GGAGGGCAAGGAAGAGGGGGAGAGGAAAAAAAAAAAAACGCCAGAAAGAGUCACUGAAGUAGAGAGGGAGUACGCCAGAACUGUACUCUAGCCUGAACUCUGCUGCUGUCGAGAGGAGAAGUUUUGACUCGCCGCGACCCCGACUGAGCCACCUCCGCAAGGCGCCCUGCAACCAAAAGCAGCGACCAUGUCAGACGCAGACAAGUUUCUGUACGUGGACCGUAACCUGGUCAACAACCCGCUGGCGCAGGCCGACUGGGCCACCAAGAAGCUGGUAUGGGUCCCGUCCGAGCGCCUGGGCUUCGAGGCCGGCUCCGUGAAGGAGGAGCGCGGCGACGAGUGCGUGGUGGAGCUGGCGGACUCCGGUAAGAAGAUCAGGGUGAACAAGGACGACAUCCAGAAGAUGAACCCGCCCAAGUUCAGCAAGGUGGAGGACAUGGCCGAGCUCACCUGCCUGAACGAAGCAUCCGUGCUGCACAACCUGAAGGAAAGAUAUUACUCCGGCCUGAUAUACACGUACUCGGGGCUCUUCUGUGUCGUCAUAAACCCCUACAAGAACCUGCCCAUCUACUCGGAGGAGAUCGUUGAUAUGUACAAGGGCAAGAAGAGACAUGAAAUGCCACCUCAUAUCUACGCCAUCACUGAUACGUCUUACAGAAGCAUGAUGCAAGAUCGGGAAGACCAGUCCAUUCUCUGCACGGGUGAGUCUGGUGCUGGCAAGACAGAGAACACCAAGAAGGUGAUCCAGUACCUCGCUCAUGUGGCCUCCUCUCACAAGACCAAGAAAGAUCAGAGCAGCUCGGUCCUGUCACAUGGUGAGCUUGAGAAGCAGCUGCUGCAGGCCAACCCCAUCCUGGAGGCCUUUGGAAACGCCAAGACCGUCAAAAACGACAACUCUUCCAGAUUUGGAAAAUUCAUCAGAAUCAACUUUGAUGUCAACGGUUACAUCGUCGGUGCCAAUAUUGAAACCUACUUGUUGGAGAAGUCCCGGGCCAUCCGCCAAGCCAAGGAGGAGAGGACCUUUCACAUUUUCUAUUACUUGCUCACAGGAGCUGGAGACAAGCUGCGGAGCGACCUCCUCCUUGAAAACUACAAUAACUACAGGUUCCUUUCCAAUGGGAACGUCACGAUUCCUGGGCAACAGGACAAGGAUUUGUUUACGGAGACUUUGGAGGCCAUGAGGAUCAUGAGUAUUCCUGAGGACGAGCAGAUUGGCAUGCUGAAAGUGGUGGCCUCGGUUCUGCAGCUCGGGAACAUGAGCUUCAAGAAGGAGCGCCACACCGACCAGGCCUCCAUGCCCGACAACACCGCGGCCCAGAAAGUGAGCCACCUCAUGGGCAUGAACGUGACGGACUUCACCAGGGCCAUCCUGUCCCCCAGGAUCAAGGUGGGCCGGGACUACGUCCAGAAGGCCCAGACCCAGGAGCAGGCAGAGUUCGCCGUGGAGGCCCUGGCCAAGGCCACGUACGAGAGGAUGUUCCGCUGGCUCGUCAUGAGGAUCAACAAGGCCCUGGACAAGACCAAGAGGCAGGGAGCCUCCUUCAUCGGCAUCCUGGAUAUCGCUGGCUUUGAGAUCUUUGAGCUGAACUCCUUCGAGCAGCUGUGCAUCAACUACACCAACGAGAAGCUGCAGCAGCUCUUCAACCACACCAUGUUCAUCCUGGAGCAGGAGGAGUACCAGCGGGAGGGCAUCGAGUGGAGCUUCAUCGACUUCGGCCUGGACCUGCAGCCCUGCAUCGAGCUCAUCGAGAAACCCGCCAGUCCCCCUGGUAUCCUGGCUCUGCUGGAUGAGGAAUGCUGGUUCCCCAAAGCUACAGACAAGAGCUUCGUGGAAAAGGUGCUCCAGGAGCAAGGCACGCACCCCAAGUUCUUCAAGCCCAAGAAACUGAAGGACGAAGCCGACUUCUGUAUUAUUCAUUAUGCUGGCAAGGUGGACUACAAAGCUGACGAGUGGCUGAUGAAGAACAUGGACCCCCUGAACGACAACGUGGCCUCACUGCUCAACCAGUCCACUGACAAGUUUGUGUCCGAGCUCUGGAAAGACGUGGACCGCAUCGUUGGUCUCGAUAAAGUCUCUGGCAUGUCCGAGAUGCCCGGCGCCUUCAAGACCCGUAAGGGCAUGUUCCGCACGGUCGGCCAGCUGUACAAGGAGCAGCUGUCCAAGCUCAUGGCCACACUGAGAAACACAAACCCCAACUUUGUGCGCUGCAUCAUCCCCAACCACGAGAAGAAGGCGGGUAAACUGGACCCCCACCUGGUCCUGGACCAGCUGAGGUGUAACGGUGUGCUGGAGGGGAUCCGUAUCUGCAGACAGGGCUUUCCCAACCGCAUCGUCUUCCAGGAGUUCAGACAGAGGUAUGAAAUCCUCACUCCCAAUGCCAUCCCCAAGGGCUUCAUGGAUGGAAAGCAGGCUUGUGUGCUCAUGAUCAAAUGCCUGGAGCUGGAUCCGAACCUGUACCGAAUCGGCCAGAGUAAAGUCUUCUUCAGAGCCGGAGUCCUGGCUCAUCUGGAGGAAGAGAGGGACAUGAAGAUCACAGACAUCAUCAUCAGUUUCCAGGCCUGGUGUCGCGGCUACGUGGCCCGCAAGGCUUUUGCUAAGAGACAGCAGCAGCUCACUGCCAUGAAGGUGAUCCAGAGGAACUGCGCUGCUUAUCUGAAACUGAGGAACUGGCAGUGGUGGAGACUCUUCACUAAGGUGAAACCUCUGCUGCAAGUCAGCAGGCAGGAGGAGGAGAUGCAGGCCAAGGAUGAUGAGCUGGUUAAAGUGAAGGAGAAGCAUUUGUAUGCCGAGCAGGCGCUCCGGGACAUGGAGGAAAAACAGCAGCAGCUGGGUGCAGAGAAGAUGGCCUUGCAGGAGCAGCUGCAGGCGGAAACAGAGCUCUGUGCUGAGGCCGAGGAGAUGAGAUCUCGUCUGGCUGCCAAGAAGCAGGAGCUGGAGGAGAUCCUGCACGACCUGGAGGCCCGUGUGGAGGAGGAGGAAGAGCGCGCUUCUCACUUGUCGUCAGAGAAGAAAAAGAUGCAGCAAAAUAUUUCUGACCUGGAGCAGCAGCUGGAUGAAGAAGAAGGGGCCAGGCAGAAGCUCCAGCUGGAGAAGGUCACCCUGGAGGCCAAGAUGAAGAAGAUCGAAGACGAUGUCAUGGUUUUAGACGACCAGAACAACAAGCUGAGCAAGGAGAAGAAAUUGAUGGAAGACAGGAUCUCUGAGUUCACCACCAACCUGGCAGAAGAAGAGGAGAAAUCCAAGAGUUUGCAGAAGCUGAAGACCAAACACGAGGCCAUGAUCACAGACCUGGAGGACCGCCUGCGCAGGGAGGAGAAGCAACGACAAGAGCUGGAGAAGAACAGACGCAAGCUGGACGGCGACUUCAAUGAGAUCCACGACCAGAUCGCUGAGCUGCAGGCUCAGAUCGCUGAGCUCCGGGCCCAGCUGGCCAAGAAGGAGGAGGAGCUGCAGGCGGCGCUGGCCAGGAUUGAGGAGGAGGCCGCGCAGAAGAACCUGGCGCAGAAGAAGAUCCGCGAGAUGGAGGCUCAGCUCUCUGAGCUGCAGGAAGAUCUGGACCUGGAGAGGCAGGCCCGCACUAAAGCGGAGAAACACCGCCGGGACCUGGGAGAGGAGCUGGAAGCCCUCAAGACGGAGCUGGAGGACACUCAGGACUCCACCGCCGCUCAGCAAGAACUCAGGACCAAACGUGAGAUGGAGGUGCAACAUCUGAAGAAAACUCUGGACGACGAGGCCAAAGUCCACGAACACCAGAUGGUUGAGAUGAGACAGAAACACAGCCAGGCCUUUGAUGAGCUCAAUGAGCAGCUGGAGCAGGCCAAGAGGAACAAAGUGUCGAUGGAGAAGGCCAAGCAGGCCCUGGAGUCGGAGAGGAACGAGCUCGGCAUUGAACUGCAGACACUCAUGCAGGGUAAAGGAGACUCCGAGCAUCGCAGGAAAAAGGCUGAGACUCAGGUGCAGGAGCUGCAGCUCAAACACUCGGAGAGCGAGCGUCAGAGGCUGGAGCUGGCUGAGAGAGUGACCAAACUGCAGGCGGAGCUGGAAAAUGUCAACUGCGUGCUCAGUGACGUGGAGGGCAAGUCCAUAAAGGCGAGCAAGGACUGCUCUGCUGUGGAGUCCUCGCUGCAGGACGCUCAGGAACUCCUCCAGGAAGAGACACGGCAGAAACUGUCUCUGGGCACCCGUCUGCGCCAGCUGGAGGACGACCAGCACAACCUGAAAGAACAGCUGGAGGAAGAAGAAGAGGCCAAGAGGAAUGUGGAGAAGCAGCUUCAGAUGGCUCAAGCUCAGCUCACUGAGAUGAAGAAGAAGGUGGAGACGGAUGCUGGCUGUCUGGAGACGGCCGAGGAGGGAAAGAAGAAGCUCCAGAGGGACCUGGAGGGAACUUUCCAGCGCCUGGAGGAGAAAUGUACCGCUUACGACAAGCUGGACAAGACAAAGACCCGCCUGCAGCAGGAGUUGGACGACCUGCUGGUCGACCAGGAUCACCUCCGACAGAUCGUCUCCAACCUGGAGAAGAAGCAGAAGAAGUUUGAUCAGAUGCUGGCAGAAGAGAAGAACAUCUCCGCCCGCUUCGCAGAGGAGCGCGAUCGCGCUGAGGCCGAGGCCCGCGAGAAGGAGACCCGGGCGCUGGCGCUGACCCGCGAGCUGGAGACUCUGAUGGACCUCAAGGACGAACAGGACCGCAACAACAAGAUGCUGCGUGCAGAAAUGGAGGACCUGGUUUCCUCAAAGGACGAUGUUGGCAAGAGUGUCCACGAGCUGGAGAAGGGGAAACGCUCCAUGGAGCAGCAGCUGGAGGAGAUGAAGACUCAGCUGGAGGAGCUGGAGGACGAGCUGCAGGCCACCGAGGACGCCAAGCUGCGUCUGGAGGUCAACAUGCAGGCCAUGAAGGCCCAGUAUGAGAGAGACCUGGCAGGACGUGACGAGAUGGGCGAGGAGAAAAAGAGGGCCCUAGUCAAACAGGUGCGAGAGAUGGAAAUGGAGCUGGAGGACGAGAGGAAGCAGCGUUCUGCCGCCGUGGCUGCACGCAAGAAGAUGGAGCUGGACCUGAAGGAGCUUGAGGCGGCCAUCGACAUGGCCAACAAGAACCGCGACGAGGCCCUGAAGCAGCUGAAGAAGCUCCAGGCCCAAAUGAAGGAUCUUAUCCGGGAGCUGGAGGACACUCGCAUGUCCAGAGAGGAGAUCCUGGCCCAGAGCAAGGAGACGGAGAAGAAGCUGAAGAGCAUGGAGGCCGAAAUGAUCCAGAUGCAGGAGGAGUUGGCAUCUGCCGAGCGAGUAAAGAGACAAGCUCAGCAGGAGAGAGACGAGCUGCAGGAUGAAAUCAACAGCCAGGCCACCAAGAAUGCUCAGGCUGUGGAGGAGAGGAGACGCCUGGAGGCUCGUAUCGCUCAGCUGGAGGAGGAGCUGGAGGAGGAGCAGUGCAACGCUGAGCUCAUCAACGACAGGCUGAAGAAAGCAAUGCUGCAGACCGACCAGAUGACCCUGGAGCUGGGGGCGGAGCGCAGUGCCUCCCAGCGGGUGGAGGGGGCCCGGGCCCAACUGGAGCGUCAGAACAAGGACCUGAAGAUGAAGCUGCAGGAGCUGGAGGGGACGGUCAAGUCCAAGUACAAGGCCAACAUGGCAGCCCUGGAGGUGAAGAUCGCUCAGCUGGAGGAGCAGCUGGAGAUGGAGACCAGGGAGAGGCAGGGGGCCACCAAGCUCGUGAGACGCACCGAGAAGAAACUCAAGGAAGUCCUCCUGCUGGUGGAUGAUGAGAGGCGCAACUCAGAGCAGUACAAGGUCCAGACGGACAAGCUGAACUCCCGCAUGAAGCAGCUGAAACGUCAGCUGGAGGAGGCGGAGGAGGAGGCCCAGAGAGCCAACGCCAACAGAAGGAAACUGCAAAGGGAGCUGGAGGACGCCACGGAGUCGGCGGAUGCCAUGAACCGUGAAGUCUCCUCCCUCAAAAACAAACUCAGGCGCGGUGACCUCCCCUUCACCGUGCGGCGCACCAUUCCCCGCGCCGGCCCUGAGAGCGACGAGGAAAUCGAGAUCAAGACCGACAUCAAGCCCGAUACGCCCGAGAUCAAGCCCGAAUGAGCCGCUCCCGCACGACUCCUUAGAACUGCAUCACAAUUAAACCGACCCAAAUACACGAGAGCACAUUUACCGUAACGCAGAGGAACACAAAAACGCUACAACCACGUCCAGAUCAGAGGCAGCGGCUCAGCUCAGUCCUCCGAGUUCAGUCCCGCCGCAGUCUGAUCUGUUCAAACAGUGACAAUCUAUGCAUGAACGCAUUUACACACAGACGCAGAAGCCAGUAAACUCAGACAAUCGUUAUACUGACACACACACACUCAUACUCUCUCACGUGUGGUUUUGGGCCAAAUUUUUCCUUUGCUUUUCUUUUUUUCAUUCUCUGGGGAUAAAGAGAUAUUUUUAUAAGGAAACUUUCCACUUAUAAUAGUCCUGAUUUAGGAUCUAUUUUUCUAAUUCAUGAAAACAAAGGAUGAAGUAUACAUAAACAAAAAUGAUUUCUGAAAGGGGACCAAAGUAAUAUCUCAAUCGUAUAGAGGUGUAUCUUAUGCAGACGUGUUUAUAAUGGUUAAGAAUGGAAGUGCUUCGUGUUCGUUACGCUCGUUGUCUUUCCUCAAUUUAUAAAGAUUUAUACAGUAUCCUGAAUUGUAUUUUCUAAAUUUAGCCGCAGUUAUCGCUUGUUGCUAUGCUUUCGGGCUCAGACCGUUUCACCCACAUUUCAUGUGGACACACAAAAUUGAAGGCAGAGUUCAAUGAACGAUUGAAGACUCAUUGACGUAUUUUAAUGAUUUUGUGCUGAAUUGUCUUAAUUUUGCACUGAGAUUGAAAACAAAAACGACAAACACUUCAAACUAUAUGUUAUACCACUGCUUUGGUGUGUUUUUUCUUUAAAUGGUGAAAAAGAAGUUUGGAAGUCUUUGAAAAGCGGUGCACAUCCCCGUGUUGUACGUGCGCACGUGCUGCCGACUCACACUAAAGGCCUUAAAAGCAGCUCAGACUUCGUGGGCAGGUUUCCUGGCUUGUUAUUUUUUUUUCUUGUGGACGUAUUGAUCUCUAUGUUUAUCAUUCAGUGUUUUUUGUCAUGUUCAGGGUAAAGUAUAAAUGGUGGGGUUCUUUUGUUGUCUUUUUUUUUAGUUUAAACUCACAGCAGACACUGUAUUCUCAGGGCACAGCUUGAUUUGAGAGGAGCAGUGAACCAAAGUCAGAUUCAGGAGGUCUGGACGUCACCGUAACCUGCGUACACUAAAACUUUGACUCGUCCGUGGGGUUCGCUAGACACGUGGACCGAGGCUCGUCUGCGGCCCGGUUUCCCAGUAGAUCGCUGGUUCUGUAGAGAUGCAGGGCGGUGUAAACCUCUCGCAGGCUGUGCCCAGGGUCAGCUUUUGGCUCACACUGCUGGAAAGUGAGAGAAUGUGUUGUUACUUAACAAUAAUGACUCACAAAUUAAAAAGACCACAUAUUUCGCACUUAAUUAACAAUGACGAUCCAAAAGAAAACGAAGGAAAAAAAAAACAUGACAUCUCAACUGUUUUGUAAUGUUUGUCUGCACCUCUGGAACGAAAAUCAUGUUGUGAAGUGUGAUGUUAUUGCAAUUAAAGAUGCUUUCUAAACUGCUAAA